GAAACAAAAAUCUCACCCUGCCAAGCUCAACCCCCACGACAACCUCACCUCAUCCUUCCUCUCCCCCUUUCCUUUCACUUCCCACCCCAUCUCAUUCUACAGUGCUACAAACUCUCUCAGCUCCCCGCAAGCUGCGGCGCAACCCCUUCUCCUCCCUCAACCUUCUCAACGACACACGCAGUCCCAUACGCACACGUCUGCGCGAACCCGCCUAAAUCCGACGCAUCGAACCUUAAACAAAUAAUCGCGUUGCCCCCCCUCUGCUUACACUCGCUCACCACUCUCCCCAGCGCAUCGUUCCGACAGUUAUACAGCAUCGUCGUGAACCACCGCAGCUCCCCGCCCGCAAGCGACUUGAUCACCAUGCCCAGGCUCGCGGCGAUGUUGCGCGAGCGCACCGAGAGGCCGUAG